AUGAAUUUUGUGAAAUUUCACUAUUCUCAAAGCAACAUUGAUAUCUCUUUGUUUAAAUACACUCUAUUAAUAUCUAAUAUUUUUAAUUUUAAUCUCUCUUUUCUUAUUAUAACACCCAAUAUGUUAAAAGAGGAUUGUAUAGUCUUAAUUACUUUCAUUUAUAUUUGUAUAAAGCCAAAAAGAAACAUUUUGCCCAAUUUUACUAAAAUCAAAUUAAUUUAUAUUAGUUAAGUAUUGGUAUUUUCUUUACUCUUGAUAUUAUUAUUUAUAGAAUUAAUACAAUUUUAGUUAAUACUCAUUUAGAUCUUAUUAAUAUUAAUUGUUUAGAUUUGCUAUUUCUUGUUAGUUAGUUAAUAUUUUAUCUGGUUUUUAUGGUUCAACUGCAUCAAAAGCUAGUUAAAAGUAAAUUUGUUUUGA